AUGGAUUUUGAACUACCAUAUCCUUUUUUCUUUCUACUUCUCCUUCUAGUGCUACUACCAUUUUCCCCUACAGCUCAAACUUGCAACAAUAUAUCCUUGGGCUCAUCCCUCACUGCACUAGAUGAUUACUCAUCAUCCUGGCCAUCACCAUCUGGUGAAUUUGCUUUCGGUUUUCGGCAACUGGGAGUAGAUGGGUUCCUACUAGCUAUCUGGUUCAAUAAAAUACAAGAAAGAACGAUCGUCUGGUCAGCCAAUGCAGGUAGUCUUGUGCCACAAGGAUCCCAGGUUGAACUUACAAAUGAUGGCCAAUUUAUGCUCAAGGAUAAAACUGGAAAGCAAAUAUAUUUUGCUUGGGGUAUUACUGGAGUUGCCUAUGCAGCCAUGCUAGACACCGGCAAUUUUGUGUUGGCCAACAAAAGUUCAAAAUAUUUGUGGGAGAGUUUUGAGGAACCAACUAAUACAGUCCUACCAACGCAGACUUUAAAACGGAACAGCAAACUCUAUGCUAGCUACACGGCAUCAAAUUACACGCCAGGGAGAUUCCGGUUUGCGCUAAAAUCUGAUGGAGGACUGUUGCUUUAUACAACAAAUUACCCAUGGGAUUCCGCUAAUUGUGAAUAUUGGUCAACACACACUGAGGGCAGCGGUUUUCAGGUCAUCUUCAGUCAGUCUGGCUCUAUUUACCUUACGGAAACCACAGGUAGCGGUGCAUGUGGGUUCAAUAGCUUAUGUAGAGAUGGUACUGAAGGACCAGUUUGCGAGUGCCCAGAUGGAUACGGCUUUAUUGAUGAAAAUGAUGUGCUGAAAGGAUGCAAGCAGAAAUUCGUUUCUCAGAGUUGUGAUGAAGCCUUUCCAGAAACACAUCUUUUCGACCUUCAAGAACUUGAAAACGGAGACUGGCCUUUUUCGGAUUAUCAGCAUUUUCAGCCAGUAAGUGAGGAUUGGUGCAAGCAGAGUUGCCUAAGUGACUGCUCCUGUGCCGUUGUCAUUUUCAAAAAUGACGACUGUUGGAAGAAGGGAAUUCCUCUUGUAAACGGAAGGAUUGAUCCCACUGUUGGUACCAAAGCUCUAAUCAAAAUAAGGAACAAUUCUACCAAUUCAAGAAAGCAUUACAAUUCAAUUCCCAACCUCGCUCGGCUGGGUCUCCUCGGUAGCUCAGCAUUUCUGAACUUGCUCCUACUAAUCAUAACCUGUUUGCUUUUUUUCCACAUUAUCCAUCACAGAAAAGCAAAGUUGAGUAUGCUUUACCUGGGCGUUCAAGGCAAUAAUCUGAAAAGUUUCACGUACAUGGAGAUGAAAGGAGCUACCAACGGAUUCAAGGAAGAACUAGGACGUGGGGCUUUUGCAACGGUUUUCAAAGGAGUUUUAGCAUCCGAAGAUGGGAAGCCUGUUGCUGUCAAAAGAUUGGACACUAUGGUCAGAGAGAACGAUUUGGAAUUCAAAGCUGAAGUGACCGCAAUUGGUAGAACAAAUCACAAGAACUUAGUCCAGCUACUAGGAUUUUGCAACGAAGGGCAGCACAGAAUUCUUGUAUAUGAAUUUAUGAGCAACGGCUCUCUAGCAAGCUUUCUAUUUGGAGAGUCAAGGCCAAGCUGGUAUCGAAGAAGAGAAAUUGCCUUGGGAACUGCAAGAGGGAUCUUGUAUUUGCAUGAGGAGUGUAGUAUCCAAAUCCUACAUUGUGACAUCAAGCCUCAAAACAUUCUUCUAGACGACUCUUUCAACGCAAGAAUUGCUGACUUUGGAGUAGCUAAGCUUUUGAAAAUAGAGCAGACUCGAACAACGACUAGAUUCAGGGGGACAAGAGGCUAUGUGGCCCCUGAAUGGUUCAAAAGCUUGCCUGUCACAGUAAAGGCAGAUGUUUACAGCUUCGGCAUUUUGCUAUUGGAGAUUGUUUGCUGCAGGAAGAAUUAUGAAGCGAAGAUGGAGGAUGAAGAUCAAAUGAUACUGGCUGACUGGGCAUAUCAUUGCUAUGAGCAAAACAAACUGCAUCAGCUAUUCAGAAAUGACGACGAUGAGGCAAAGGAUGACAUCGAGGAGAUGAAAGCAUAUUUGAUGAUCGCGUUUUGGUGCAUUCAGGAGGAUGCAUCACCAAGACCGACCAUGAGAAAUGUCACACAGAUGCUCGAAGGAACUGUUGAACUCUCAAACCCACCGAAUCCAUCAUCAUUAUACGUUCAAUGUAAGGGAUUGUGA